AUGAGUAGGACUUCCCGAGCCAACGUGCGUCCCUCACCAAACAUCUCCCCAAGCAGGUGCGAAUUCCACUCCGAGACCCUCGUGACUCCUCCGACCUCCUCCCCUCCAGUCAGCCCGCUCGCCCGUCACCAUCGAAUCAACAACCCCCGCCUAUUCGCGCAAGGCGAUCUUGGGGUCGAACUCGGCGACUUGAUCCCCACCCUCAACCAUUAUGCCAACGAUCACGCCAGAGCUGUUGCGGAUCUUGCAGCCUACGUCGACGGCUGCCACGAGGAUCGCAAGGUGGUGGAUUGGGACUAUUUCGCCUGCUUGUCGAGCGCGGUGGACGAACUCGAGGACAUCAUCUGGAGGAUUCAGAGAUGGGUUAGGACCCGCCCUCUUUUCACCAGAUGGAUUCAUCCCGACGCGGCAAGGUUGAUGCAGCCUUUUGGAUGCCCGAAGUUGAUUCCUGAUCCCGAGGAGGAGGGGAGGUUUUAUGUGAUCACUCCGAACUAUAAUCAUUAUCAGCGUCACUAUUAG